CGUCUUUCCGGCCAGGCGCCUUUCUAAUUGGCUGGCUGAGGGCUUCCUUGGGGACUCGGCCACUCGGGGCUCCGCAGCGGCCGCUCUAGCCGCUGUCCCGUGGCUUGGCUCCGCUCUUGCGGCUGCAAGCUCUCUAUGGUGCUAGCAACAACAUGUGGCGCCUCCCGGGACUGCUGGGCCGAGCUCUUCCCCGUCUGCUGGGACCCAGCCUUCGGGGGGUGACGGCCAAGUCCACCAGCCCAGAUGGGCCUCAGGCUACCUCCUCCACCCUGCUGGUCCCUGUGCCCAACCUUGACAGGUCGGGUCCCCAGGGCCCAGGCAGGAGCAGUGGUCCAAGGUCCCAUGGAUGGAAAGAUGCCUUCCAAUGGAAGUCAGCCCAUGUCUCACCAAACACCCUGUGGGACGCCAUAUCAUGGGGCACUCUGGCUGUGCUGGCCCUGCAGCUGGCAAGGCAGAUCCACUUCCAGGCAUCCCUGCCAGCAGGACCUCGGCGAGUGGAACACUGCUCUUGGCACAGUCCUCUGGACCGUUUCCUGUCAUUUCCCUUGUGGCACCCAUGCUUCUCACUGCAGCGGCACAUUCUCCCCAGCCCUGACGGCCCAGCUCCCAGGCACACUGGCCACAGGGAACCCAGGCUGGGCCAGGACGAACCCUCAGCUCAGCCCGAGAGCUUCUCCUCACGUAGCUCCUUGAGAGCAGCUGGUCCUUGGGACCCCUCUGAGGAAGAUCCCAGUGAUUUGGGCUUCUUGCACGCCAGCAGUAGCUUCGAGUCCAAGGCAAAACCAGUCCAGCCUCAGCCCACUAGUGCAAAGAAGGAACAAGAUACAUCAAAAACUCUUUCCCUCGAGGAGGCCGUGACUUCCAUUCAGCAGCUCCUCCAGCUCAGUGUUUCCCUCGCUUUCAACUUCCUGGGGACACAGAACAUGAGGAACGGGGACUACACGGCAGGCUUUUCUUACUUCAAGAAAGCUGCAGACCGGGGCUACAGCAAAGCACAAUACAACACGGGGUUGUGUCAUGAGCAUGGCAGGGGCACCCCCAGGGACAUUAGCAAGGCGGUCCUUUAUUACCAGUUGGCUGCCAGCCAGGGCCACAGCCUGGCUCAGUACCGCUGUGCCAGGUGCCUGCUGCGGGACCUGGCCCCCUCGUGGGGCCCUGAGCAGCAGAGGGCGGUGUCCAUGCUGAGGCAGGCUGCAGACUCGGGCUUGAGAGAGGCCCAGGCUUUCCUCGGAGUGCUUUUCACCAAGGAGCCGUACCUGGACGAGCAGAGAGCUGUGAAGUAUCUUUGGCUUGCAGCCAGCAAUGGGGACUCACAGAGCAGGUACCACUUGGGAAUUUGCUACGAGAAAGGCCUCGGCGUGCAGAGGAAUCUGCGAGAGGCCCUGCGGUGUUACCAGCAGGCCGCGGCUCUGGGAAACGCGCCUGCCCAGGAGAGGGUUCGGGCUCUCUUUUCCACUGAGAGAGCAGCUCCGGGGUCCAGCGACCUGGCAGUUAAGGGACUGAAGUCUUUCUCCAGCCCCUCCCUCUGCAGCCUGAACACCCUGCUGUCAGGAACCUCCCACCUCCCGCACGCCUCGAGCACAGGGAACCUUGGCGUCCUCUGCAGAAGCGGGCAUCUCGGCGCCAGCCCCGGAGUCCCCAGCAGGGCUAUGGCCCCACACCCCUACCCCUUGGAAACGAGUCUCGUAAGACUGGGUUUUGGCUAAGACCUCACUUGAGCCCUAAAGAUGGAGACUGUGGGUUCUCAGAGAGAUACCAAAGAAGAGGCCCAGUUGAGUCCCAAAGAAGAGGCCAGUUGUCCGGCCACCUUCCCCAAAACCUUAAGCACCUGCCCCAGCACAGUAAAGAAGAGGAAAGUGUGUGAAGACCCAGAUUCAGGCUCUGCAACUUGCCUGGCCAUGUCACCUUGACUUGUUAUAUUGUUUCCUCAGUUGAAGACGAGGGCAGGGGUGUCUACUGCCGUGCCCACCCCCCCCCCCCGCAGGAUAAACACAAGGGCAUUUCGCUGCAGAGAGGACCUUGGUGCUCGCUUAGGCCCGGGGAGGCAGAGUGAUGGAUGCCGAUGGUUGCGUGGCUUUAUGAGUCGCCAGGCCAGGAUGAGGGCCAGGCCUCCUGACUGCUGGCCCACGUUUCUUUUCCACCAGUUCACGCUGUAAUUUUGUGUGAAAGCGCUAUCAUCCUACUGCUGGGAGAGAGUAAAUGGAGACUGAGCACAGGGAGUCUUGGAGCAGGGGAGUGCAGAUUUUGAGGUCCUCUUUUGGGAAAGGUAUGCCAGAAAUGUCUGUGUGUUUAAUAAAAGAUAUUGGAUUAUCUGA